CAUCAAUGGCGGCUCUCCUAAAACCUCAAAACGACAACAAAGAGAAUAUCUCACCCUUCAUGAUGAUCAAGCCUCUGGAUUCUUCUACAUCAAUUGAUAAAGACAAAACCCAAAUCAGGAUUAAAAGAAAAAGAUCUAGAAGGCAACCUCUUAAAGACAUCACCAAUUUAUUUGUCUCAUCAUCACAAUUGUCCUCUUUAUUUCUCAUUCGUCACUUGCCCUCUUCCCCGACUCUAUCAGUUGAUCCCAAAUGCAUGAAGAGACGAUCUAAUAUCGGUCUCAAGGCUGAUGCUACUUCUUCUUCUACAUUCUCUUGUAAAAAAUUUAGAUGAUUUUCUUCUUUUGUUUGGAAUUGCUUUCUAUCAUCUAGAAACUUGAAAUCUUCUUCCAUUUUUGACUGUUGUAUCUUUUCUUAAAUUAAGGGUAUAUAUUAAUACCAUGUGGCUGUCAGACAUUAGCAUUCAUGUACCCACAAGACAGCAGAUAUAUUUCUAUGAGUAUACUGGUAUCGCCAUACCUAUGAUACUUGCAUAAUCUUAUGUCUAGCAUCAGUAUAAUCAACAGAUGGAACUGUAUACAUAUGAACUGUAAUCUGAUCUUUUAGGCAAAUUUAACCCAACUGAGAAGUGAA